AUGACGGUGGACGAGUUUCCGGGCUCGGUCCAUUCGCUGGAUGUGCUCGUCUUCACCUUGGUGCUUCUGGUGCUCGCGCACACCCGCGGCUCGCCAUGGAAGCUUGCGCUCGCCGCCGCGUCGCUCGCGCUUGGCCUCCUGACCGAGCAGCUCAGCCUGCGGUUGGGAGGGACGCACUGCCACGCGAGUGGGAUUGUCAACGUCUCGACGUGCUCCUCGGCCAACUCGGUCUUCUGGUACAUUCCGUGGGUCUACACGGGCGUGACUUGUGCCCGCCGCCUGACCGACGAACGCUCGUGGGCCUUUCCUCUGCUCAGCGGUAUGCUCUUCUUCGGGCUGUGCGGAGUGUACGAAGCGCAGGGUCCGCUGGUGGGCUGGUGGCGCUGGCCGGCGGCCGAUGGCCUUGUCGCGUCUGGCUGCACCAUCUGGCAGGCGGGGCCACUCGGGCUCGACGCGCGCGGCCUCGUUGCGUCACCGCACGUGAUGGAGGCGCUCGGCGAGCGGCUCUUCGGCGUGCCGGUGAUGGCGCCCUACUUCCACUUCGCCUUCGGCUGGGGAAUCGCCGUGGUCUAUCAGCUCACCGCCUUCAAGUCGCACGCGCUGCCGGUACUCCUCGGGCCGACAAUCGCACUCGUCUGGGACCCCGCCAUGCGGGUCGUCUGCACCGCCUUUGGCGCCAGCAAGUUGGCGGCGGUCUGCGCGCUGAUGCUCGGCUCGACGUUCGCGGCUCUGGCGCUCUCAGCGCCGCCACAGCCCUCUCCUCCGCGCGACCUGCUCCUCUUCUCCAUCCCACUCCUCUCCGGCACGACCUUUGCCCUGCAUGCGAUCGUCGGCGCCGGCGCCCUUCGCGAGCCGCCGGAGCUCAAGCUCUUCGUGGUGACGCUCGCGCUCUGCGCCACGCUCCUGUUCGCACGCUCCUGCGGCCUCCUCCCGCGCGUGCCGAUCGCGAGCACGGCGACCGAGGCGAAGAAGUGGGCGUGA